UUGUUCAUCGUUUCUGUGUUUUCCGUAUUUUCCAUUAUAUAUAAAUAUCAUGUCCAAACAAUAUGGAUUAAUUGAUCCUAAGGCGGUCAAAGCAUCUAAACAGGUUUUGAAAAAACCGGUCGCUUUCGAAAGUGAUUCGGAUUCUGAUACAUCUGUUCCUAAGCCAGUCAUCAAAGCAGAACUUGGCGAAAAUCAAAAGCGACAGGUUGCUCGAGCUCAAGAAAAGGCAUUGGCAGAAGAUCCAACUAUAUACCAAUACGAUGAAUUGUAUGGUGAAAUGGAUAGUAAACGGAAGGAAACUAAAUUGAACAAGUCUAAGGAAGAGCGCAAACCAAAAUACAUUGAAAAGCUUCUAGAGACCGCAGAAAAGCGUAAAAAGGAACAGGAGCGGCGAAUUGAAAGACAGGUGCAAAAAGAACGGGAAGCGGAGGGUGAAAUGUUUAAGGAUAAAGAAUCAUUUGUGACAUCUGCUUAUCGUGCGAAACUAGAGGAAAUGAAAGAAGCAGAAGAACAAGAAAAACGUGAGGAGUAUCUGGAAAGUAUUGGUGAUGUCACCAAGCAGGGUGACUUGGGGGGCUUUUACCGGCAUAUUUACUCACAGAAGCUUGGCGAGAGCAGUGUAAAAAAUAAGGAAAGCCAGCAAAAUGACGACAAAAAACCAAACGAUUCUAAAGAUGAAAAAAAUAAGAAGAAAAGCGAAUCGAGCUGUAAACCGAAUAAUGAAGGUAGUUCUAAAAGUGAUAAAACUAAAAGCAUCGAAACGUUACAUUCUAGGCAAUAUCGCAAAAGACGAUCAGAUGACGAAGAGAAUGAUGUGGAAAAAAACGACCAUUCAAAGAAAAUUCAUUUGCCUUCAAAUUUAGAUGCUGAUUCUGAUUUCAGUAUUGAUUCCAACAGUAGUAGCAGCAGUAGUGAAACCGGAAGCAGCAGUGAAGGUAGUGACAGCGAAGAUGAGAAGAAUAGUGAUGAAAAACUCGAUACACGCAGUCCCAACAAUAAAAAAAUACCAGAAGAUCAAUCAACAAAUGGUAUGCAAGAAAAAAUACAAGAUGUUAAGCCUAGUAACGGAACGGACGAAAACAUGGAGACGCACAAAAACGAUGCUAAGGAAAAGAAAUCUAAAGUUGAUAUUUGGAAAAAACGAACCGUAGGAGCGGUGUUUGAUGCAGCAUUACAAAGAUAUUAUGAGCGAAAAGCUGCUCGGGAAUCUGGUUGAAAAUAAUUUCGAUAUGUUGCACGUUAACGUAAAUACAAUUAUCCAUAAUACAUGUGCAAAAAAUUUAAAUUAUGUAAAAGAAAAUCGAUUCCGCAACUUUUAAA